UAAGUUCAAAUGCAUAUAUAAAUUGCAUACAAAGGGUAAUUCAGAAUUGCACUACACGUAGGAGAAGCAGUGAAUUCUUUCUCUAUACAGAACUACAUUGGUGUCUAUACAUAUCUUUUGGCAGUGUUUGUGAGGGAGUCUCUAUCGACAAGAUCAUUCAAAAUGGCAAGAGUAGGAAUGCAAUGGAUGAAGUACUGCUUGUUUAUCUUCACUUUUGUAUUUGUCAUCGUGGGUAUUGGUUUAAUCACUGCAGGCUUCCUAACCCUCACCGUCUACCAGGAGUAUGUUGACUAUUAUUCAGGGAAAGCUAUACCUGCCAUUCUCAUCUCAGUCGGUUUCAUCAUCAUGUCCGUCUCAUACGUAGGAUGCUGUGGGGCGUUCAAGGAGAACUAUAGUUUGCUGAAAACGUAUGUUUUCAUCAUGGUCCUUCUUCUGAUCUUGGAGCUUGCUGCCGGUAUCUCUGGCUAUGUCCUUCGUGAUGACAUUGAUAAGACGGUCGGUGAGAACAUGUCUGAGCUUCAGAUAAAAUAUAACUCAACUACUUCAGCUCAACAAAUCUUCGAUAGCCUACAGCAGGACCUGAAGUGUUGCGGGGUUCAUAACUACACUGAUUGGAUGGGCUGGAUACCUGAUCAACCCAACCUGGUGCCUUAUUCAUGCUGUAAAACACCUGAUACUCCAGGAUGUCAUAUCAUUGGCUCAGUUACAUUGGAUAUAUAUACAGACCCGUGCCACUCCGCAGUCAAAGAUAUACUGAUUAAUCAGACUGUACUUAUUGCAGGAGUUGCCAUUGGUGUGGCCGUUCUUGAUAUCUUGUGCAUCGUACUAGGAUGCUGCCUCAUGAAGGACAUCAAGGAGCUGUCACGUGCGAUAGCUGAAAUGUGUUAGCUCAUUAAUCACUUAACCACCCUGAAUAAUACAUAGGCUUAGGAACCGGGGGAGGA